AUGAAUAAGGAAGGGCUAAAUACAUUGCAAUUGGAAUGGAGUGGCACAAGUGAGAAGGAGUCGGAGGUGCUCUGCAGUUUAGAACCUCAUAAAAAGCUUCUAGACCUCACCAUCAAGGGCUACAAUGGUUUCGAAUUUUCAAAAUGGAUUGGACAUCCUUCAUUCUCUGAUAUGACGCAUGUGAAGUUAGAGAAUUGUAAAAAUUGUCGAUUCUUACCUCCUCUUGGCCAAUUACCUUUUCUGAAAAAACUUUGGAUACAAGGACUGGCCAAUGUUAAAAGUGUGGGUGCUGAGUUUUAUGGAGAGUGCAGCUUGCCUUUUCCAGUGUUGGAAAAUUGGAAGGAGUGGCUUCCUUGCAAAACAAAUGAAGAAAUUCGAGUUUUCCCUUGCCUGCGACAGGUUGUAAAAGGGUGGUGCACAGAAGCGGAGUUAAGUUUGAGUUACUGGAGGUUAUGGAGCUUCAUGAUAUUUCAGAGUUCAGACUCGAAAUAG